AUAUAAAAACAAUAAUAGUAUUAAAAAAAGGAGAGGGUAACGGAACGGGACGGAAGAGAAUGGAAAUGGUUACGUUUAUAAUAGCAAUGAUCUGUUGAACAGCUUAUGACACCUCACUCUGCGCUUGCUUCCAUUCCUCAUCUCUCUCUCUCUCUCUCCAAAACUCUCUACGAAACCCUACCUUCUUCCUCCUUCCUCCACUCCACGCGCCGCGCGUGUUCUCUAACCCAUGGAGGCUCCCACGCCUCUCCUCCUCCUCCUCCUCCUCUUCGCCGUCUCUCUCCUCACCGCAACCACCGCAGACGACGGAGCAGCAAUGCUUGCUCUAGCGAAAUCACUCAGUCCUCCGCCGUCAGACUGGUCAACCACCUCCUCCACCGGCUACUGCAAGUGGUCCGGCGUGAGGUGCAGCUCGGACCGCGUCAGCUCAAUCAACCUCGAGGAUAAGUCUCUCUCCGGCGGCUUAGCUCCCGAGAUCUCGACUCUCUCCGAGCUCAAGACGAUCACUCUGCAGCGCAACAAGCUCACCGGUAAGAUCCCUUCCUUCGCGAAGCUCGCCUCUCUUCAAGAGAUCUACAUCGACUCGAAUCUCUUCGACGGAGUUGAGCCCGGAGCUUUCGCCGGACUCACCAGCCUCCAGAUCUUGAGUAUGAGCGAUAACCCUAACCUCUCCCCUUGGAGCUUCCCUUCGGAGCUCGCGGAAUCGACUUCCCUCACCACCAUCUACCUCGACAACACCACCAUCUCCGGCGCAUUGCCUGACAUCUUCGAGAACUUCGCUUCUCUCCAAAACCUCCGCUUAUCAUACAACAACAUCACGGGGCCGUUACCUCCUUCCCUGGCCAAAUCUUCGAUUCAGAAUCUCUGGAUCAAUAACCAGUUAUCCGGUUUAUCCGGUUCAAUCGAAGUACUCUCCGGUAUGACUUCGUUAUCGCAAGCGUGGCUUCAGAAGAAUCAAUUCACCGGUCCGAUUCCAGAUCUCUCGAAGAGCGAGAACCUUUUCGAUCUCCAGCUCAGAGAUAAUCAGUUAACCGGAGUCGUAUCCACGACGCUGUUACCACUCGGGAGCCUCAAGAACAUUUCGUUAGACAACAACAAGUUCCAAGGUCCUCUUCCUUCGUUCCCGCCGGCGGUUGAGAAAGUAACUGAUGAUCACAACUACUUCUGCACUACCAAACCCGGAGUGGCGUGUGAUGCUCAGGUGGCGACGCUUUUAGCGGUGGCCGGAGGCUUGGGGUAUCCGUCGAUGUUGGCUGAGUCGUGGCAAGGGAACGAUGCUUGUAACAGUUGGGCUUAUGUGACAUGUUCAGCUGGGAAAGUUGUCACCUUGAAUCUUGCCAAACAUGGAUUCCAAGGGUUUAUAUCUCCGGCGAUUGUGAAUCUCACUUCCCUCAAGAGCCUUUACCUUAACGACAACAAUUUAACCGGUGAUAUACCUAAGGUGUUGACCUCUAUGCCUAGCUUGAGUCUAAUUGAUGUCUCGAACAACAACCUCACUGGUGAGAUUUUGAAGUUUCCGGAUCCGGUUAAGUUUACUUACAAACCGGGUAAUGUUUUGUUGGGAACUGAUGCUGGAGAUUCUUCUAGUCCGGGGGCUGGUGGUAAAGGCGGUGGUGGUAGUGGUGGGUCUUCUGGUGGUGGCGGUGGUGGUGGUGGUGGUAGUAAGGCUCCUGUGAUCAUUGGUGUGAUCGUGGCGGUUCUUGUUUUUCUUGCUAUUUUAGGAUUUGUGGUUUACAAGUUUGUGAUGAAGAAGAAGUAUGGGAAGUUCAGAAGGACGACGGAUCCUGAGAAUGCAGGGAAGGUUUUGGUUAGUGAUGCUGCGUCUAAUGGUAAUGGGAAUGGACAUGGUGGAGGAGCUAAUAACUUCAAUGCUUUGAACAGUCCUAGUAGUGGUGACAAUAGCGAGCGUUUCCUUCUUGAAGGGGGAAGCGUUACCAUUCCGAUGGAGGUUCUUCGUCAAGUUACUAAUAACUUCAGCGAGGCUAACAUAUUGGGAAGAGGCGGUUUUGGUGUUGUGUACGCUGGAGAGUUACACGAUGGGACCAAGACUGCGGUCAAGAGGAUGGAAUGUUCAGCAAUGGGUAAUAAAGGAAUGAACGAGUUUCAGGCCGAGAUAGCUGUGCUCACUAAGGUCAGGCAUAGACAUUUGGUUGCGCUGUUGGGUUACUGUGUGAACGGGAACGAGAGAUUGCUUGUCUAUGAGUACAUGCCGCAGGGUAAUCUUGGACAGCAUUUGUUUGAGUACGGUGAACUCGGUUACUCUCCUCUGACAUGGAAACAAAGGGUGAGUAUCGCUCUAGACGUGGCACGGGGUGUUGAAUAUCUCCAUAGCUUGGCUCAGCAGAGCUUCAUCCACAGAGAUUUAAAACCCUCUAACAUCCUUCUUGGUGAUGAUAUGAGGGCAAAGGUUGCUGAUUUUGGAUUGGUUAAGAACGCACCUGAUGGGAAAUACUCCGUUGAGACGAGAUUAGCAGGCACAUUCGGUUAUCUAGCACCUGAAUACGCCGCUACUGGAAGAGUAACGACGAAAGUGGAUGUGUAUGCAUUUGGAGUGGUUCUUAUGGAAAUGAUAACAGGAAGAAAAGCAUUAGAUGAUUCAUUACCGGACGAGAGAUCCCACCUAGUCACAUGGUUCAGAAGAAUCCUUAUCAAUAAAGAAAACAUCCCAAAGGCGAUCGACCAAACAUUAGAGGCAGACGAGGAAACAUUGGAGAGCAUUCACAGGGUUGCUGAGCUAGCAGGACACUGUACAGCCCGUGAGCCUCAACAAAGACCAGACAUGGGCCACGCGGUUAACGUGCUAGGUCCACUGGUAGAGAAGUGGAAACCGUCGUGCCAAGAAGAAGAAGAGAGUUUCGGGAUCGAUGUGAACAACAUGAGUUUACCUCAAGCUCUACAGAGAUGGCAGCAAAACGAAGGAACAUCGACGUCAAUGUUCCAUGGAGACUUCUCUUACUCUCAGACACAGUCUAGUAUUCCUCCAAAGCCUUCUGGUUUCCCUAACACGUUUGAUUCUGCUGAUGGUCGGUGACACCAAACUCUCUAUGUGUAUCAAAUCGAUGUUACUUAAGCUCUUCCUUUUGGGAUUUUUUUGUCUUUAUAUGAAAUGAUGAUUAUUUAUAUAUAUUGUAAGCACAUAUAUGUUGUAUUUGCGUUUGACCACUUGAGCUUUUGCGUUUGUUCAUUCUUUUUAAGGGAAAUUGUAUUUUACGUA